AUGCAUUUGUCAACUCUUUACCUCCACUCUUCCCUUCUACUUGCUUCAUCGUUUCUCUCAACGGUGAUUGCAGCACCUUCCAACAAACUCCUGGACACUGAACUCUCUGUCAAUGGCUUUGGUCUUCAAGACGAGAGCGGAGACUCUGAUGGUGUUUCCGCAAAGGCCGAAGUCAGCGCUGAGAAUGACUACAAGGUCCCCAGUGACUACAACAAGCCUCGUGUCCUAGAGGCUAACAUUGACGUUACUCGACUGGGCCUUGAUCCCGUCAUCUAUUAUCCCGAUAGUGAGAGUGAGGAUACAGAGGUAGACGAUACUGAAGAGAAGCGCGGCAUCUUUGCAAGACUCUUCCCUAGGGCAUUGUCUUCCGAUAAGAAGGAGGCUCUGAGCCGUCAUAACGCCGCUCGCUCCAAGGUCAAAGUCAAGGCUCUCGUGUGGGAUUCCGAGCUCGAGUCAGCUGCUACAGCUUACGCAAAGAAGUUGGCCAAGGCUGGUAAGCUACAGCACUCUGCAGGAAAGGACCGCCCCAACCAGGGCGAGAAUCUUGCAUAUGCCUGGGCAAGCAAUGGAUUCAAGAACCCCAUCACUGCUGGUACUCAGGGCUGGCUCAACGAGCAGAAGUACUACAAAAGAGAGACUAUCCCCAAGGGUAACUUCUCAAUGUAUGGCCAUUACACCCAAUGUGUCUGGAAGACGUCAACAAAGAUCGGUAUUGGUGCCGCCAAGGAUUCCAAAGGUGCUUGGUACACUGUUGCUCGAUAUUCCGGUCCCGGCAAUGUCGUCGGCCAGAAGGCUUACUAA